UGAAAAUACUCCAUUUAACCCCACAUUUGGAACAAUUUCUUAUCUUCUGUUUUGUUUAAUGUCCCUGUAAACGUCUAUUCCCCACUUUGUGGCGUGGUUACCGGCCCAGAAGAGGUGCCUCUCCUGCGGUGAACAUGAUUGAUCAGCAAGCCUUCACGGCUCACGACUCAUUCAGCUUGCAUGCAACGACGCCUCCUCCCUUCAGCCCGCCUUCCAGCCCACAUACGACACCACCAGCUUGCAGCUUGCACUUGUGUCCCAACAUAUGAUCUGUGGCCCGCAUGAGUCCAAGCCAAUGGCGACCCUGUGUCCGGGUCCACAGUUUCACAGGGCAAGCUAUCAGAGCUGUCUCCUCAUCCACCACCAAACAGUCCAAACCUCCAGAGCUCCAGAUCGCAGCACAAAUAUCACACCUCGAUAUCUAUUCUCUGCAAACACGAGAUCAAUCUCGAGAGUUGUUUCAGAGUGCCAGGCACCAUGCCUACUCUCAUCAUUCUGAAGCUAGUUCCUAGCAAGCCGACACUCCCUGCUGUGUUCAAACAAGCGCUAGAAGGCCUUCAAAUCACCGCAUAUGGCUUGACAGUCCAAGACCCCACGAAGGGGAUGAAGCUUGGAGUUGCAAGCGGUGUAACAGACUCUCAGACUCCAGUGUCGAUUAUCAACGAAACGGACACUACCCUCGACCAGUCAAUACAAGCUCUUGACAAGUCCAUCAUUCAAGAUGUGGCACAAUUACCAGAGCAAAUCACCCUUCCUGACACAAAUCAAGUCAAGACAAUAACGGCUCCUCUGGAGUCCUCGGUCGCGACUGCGGUAAUCAUUGUUAAACCGCUCACCCCGCACCCAGGAGGCCCAUCGUUCGACGUGCGGUUUGAGUUCAAACGGAAUGACUUGAGUAUUCCUGAUAGUACUAUUGAGUACAAUAUACCAACGGUUGCUCAAAAUCUCGUGACGGACCAAUCAACGUAUUCAGGCUUACCGAUCAGUGCGUAUUUCUCGCUGCCCGUGGCUGUAAUGGGUCUUUCAUCGAACUCGCCCUUCAUUACCCUCGAUCCGAAUGGAAAUCCACCUGUAUUUUCACAAGUCCUCAACUCGAUCGACCUCAUCUUGACUCAAGACCAUCCAACGGCUAAUCCGCCUCAAAAGUCCGCAUUGGAAGCCCGUAGCACCCCUCUGACAGCGCCUCAAUGUCUUCAAAUUGCAUCAGAAAUCAUAUGGAACCGUUUACUCUACCCGAUUCCAGCCCCGACGAAUGAUAUACAUCUCAUGUAUACUACUCUUGUAGAUGUCAAGGGGAACCCGCUCCCGGUCGAUUCCAGUGUGGAUAAUACACGACAGCAACUUGAAUCCAGCAUUCAGAAUUACCACUUGCAACAUAAUGCUGAAGCAUCGACACUCUCAAAGUACAUUGCAGCUGCAUCAGCCGCAGUAUUUUGCGAGAGACUCACCAACGGGGAAACUCUCACAGGAAUCCCUCCGACAGCGACCUUGGCCGGAAUUACUUUCCCAGUUGAAACUGGGCAGCCAUCGGCGAGCUACCCUCAAGCUUCCGUGGUACUUCAAAAUCCAGCAACAUCCCCUGACGCCUCCUUGAACCCACUUCCUUUAUUCAACGUCCCUGCUCCCUUUUUCUACUCCCUAGGUUCUACCUUUCCUCAGUCGGUGUCUAUUCAACAACGUUACAACUCGGCAAUAAUGGCUAGCGAGGAUCAACUCACAACUCUGUUCCAGGCCGCAUCGGACAGUGGCUUACUCGGAGAUACAGAAAGUGCCGUGGCUGUAAACUCAUCGAAUGGCAGUUCUACUACAACUUUGAGCAUCAACAUGUACCAAGCUGCGCGUCGCUUGACUGCGCUGGGCUCUCCAUCCAUUGGAUCGUCAUGUGAUAUAUCAACUCUGACCAACAGCGCUCCAACAUCUGCUCCAAAUAUCUACUUGGAUUGGCUCCAGUAUGAAGGGUUGACCUCUAAUAUCACAUCUAGCUUUUGGGGACCAAGCAUUCAGAAAUACCCCAAGGGGUACGUAACACUGGUGUUGCAAGCAAUCACUCAAGGGGAAUGUGCGCUUGUAGCGGCAAUAGAAGCCCAGAUACCAGUUAAUAGUGUUCAGGACCUUGUCAAGAUUACACAGCAGCAGUGGGAGAACUUUUUUACCCAGGUGCCUUCGAAUCAGAACCUUCUCCCUACUUUCACAUUGCCUGGAACGACACUCCAACGCGCCGACGCUUUCGUACAACGAGUCCAAAAGUACUUCAUUGUACAACCAAAGGAGAUUUCUUUCACAGUGGCAGCCGGCGGCCACACAAGCACCUUCUCGGUACCCUCGGAUGAUAUUCUGAAGCAAUUCAGCAGUCAAUAUCCUGGGACUUUCUCUUUUGGCAACCCUCUCGACCAUGACGCUGUCGAAAAAACCGUAAAGGCCAUACUCCCAGAUAACUUCGGUGCUCAGUCAUGGCUACUGAAUGCACUUGAGACAGUGGUUUUGUUGGUGCAGGUCACCUCAUCUUGUCCAUCAAAUUUGCAGUUCUCCGUCAUAGAAGCUCUCUACGCUCGUGGCUUCACUAGUGCAAGCGCAGUGCAUCCACUCUCCGAAACAGAAUUCGAAUCUGCUCUUGUAGGAUCCGUUGCAUAUCCCUACGCUAAAGACAUUUUCACGGCCUUUACGAGCCAGCAGCAGCACGUAACAGCACCCACUGAUGAGCCUGCUUGGACUUUUGCUCCAGUCAACGGCGGUGGAACUCUGAUCGACUGCACUCCGCCAUAUAAUCUCUCUCCUCUCGGACCAAUCUCUUACCUUUUCGACAUUCUCAACGCCUCGAUUGGGGAGGCCAAGGUCGCCGAUCUUCUGUCUGCCCGGAGAGCCUCUAUCGGGAAAAUGCAAGCAAGUCUUCUGAAUCUAGAGUCUCGAAUCUCUAAGCUGGAUAUCAUCAAUGAGAACCUUGAGGCAUUAGGAAGCAACCCAGGUCAAUCUCAGGGGAUCUUUCUCAAUUCCAAUCCCGAAACCGAGUCAUCGGACGGUGACCAGCCCUCCUCAUUUGCUACUAUACCUCAACAUUCAUCACCCGCGAUUUCUGAGAGCCCACAGGUCUACAAAACCUUGAAAUCUUGCUUCACGGCUCUAGACUUGCCAUAUGACCGGUCACUGGAUGUCUCUCGUUCUUUGCUUUCUCCUUUAGGAACAGAUCGAUUUGAGGUUAUGCGUCAUUUCCACAAAAAUGUCACUGAACUUGCAAUUGACGCAAAAAAAGAACCGGAAGGCUUCCAGAAAAGUCUUUGGCGUUAUCCAGUACGUUUUGAUAUUGCUCUGGAAUAUCUCCAUAUCUCCUCAGACGAGUAUUCAAACUUGUUCAGCGGUUCACUUGGGGACAAAGACUUCCUGGAGUCUAUCCUCCAACUCGAUACUGCGCUCCCAACGCCACCAACGGUAUCUUUCUCUUGGUUCUUAAAGUCGACUGGACUAAAAUAUGAUGAUUUCAUCGAACUUUGGAAAUGCAAGUAUGUGCAGUUCUCACGUGCAUUAUCACAAAGCGGAACUAGCAACAACAUUGGAUUCCCUUCUUCUGAGCCAUAUAACACCGGCGAACUUCAGAUAGCACUGAACUCAACAGAACAUCCCUUAUUGAGCCUUCGGAAGCUCUUCGUGUUUAUCCGUCUCUGGAAAAUAUUGAGUCAUGUCGAUGGUCCAGCAAUCUCUUUCAGUGAACUUGCUGAGAUAUCGACAACCCUCUCACUGUUCGAGGGCAGUUCUAUCAAUAGCGACUUCGUACGGCAGCUGGCGGCCCUAAUCAUGCUACGAGACCAUUUCGGUAUCACCUUGACACAGCCAACUCCUUCAAUAUCUUCCCACGGACAACUACCACAGACACCUAGUUCUAUCUCUUCCGUUGGGGUUCCUUUUCGAACACCCACCUCACCCGCUUCUUACGGACAGAUUUCCCAAGAAAUCAGCGCUUCCUUGCUCAGUUUAUGGCAAGGUUCGAAAGAAAACCCCUCUCCUCGGAAUGGUGCAAUCGCUCUUCUUCUGGACCACAUUGAAACAUAUUCGAGGUCCCAAUUUGGCGGGAGCCACCGGGCAUUAGGGUUUCGAAAGGAGUUGGAGAAGAACCUCAAUAUCAUCUCUUCAUUAGCAGGAUUCAGUGAAACGGACCCCUGGUAUGCCAAGCCAACUAGCACCCUGCGAUUUGCCGAAAUUGUCUCCAAGGUGUAUGCAUCUCGCUUCACUUUGGGCGAAAUAAGUCUUCUUUUUACGACGGAUGAACAUAUCCGGUGGGAUGAUCCAUUCACAUUACCGAAUAUUUUGGAAGCUGCUGUCGACCCACUUAAGUAUCCGGACGACGAAUUCAGCCUGUGGAAAUUACGGAAGCGUCUCAUGCAUGUCGAAGUGAGCGACGAUGCUGUCUUGGAGUGGAGCUGGAAGAAGAUUGCCAGUUCACUCCAUGAUCUUGGAUAUGUACCCUCCACGGAAAAUGAUCCUCUUACAUCUCUUGGCGAACGCUUCUUUGCUCAGGCUCUCGAGGACUGUGGGCAACGAGUCAACCAUGAUUCCUCCAUCUUCAAGAUAGACCUUUCCGCCUCUGCCACAACACCCUCAUUGUGGAAUUCUGAUCCCAACACCCCUUUCCGCUAUGACGCCGAAGGGACUGGCCAACUAUGGUUCAAACUGCCUCUACCACAAGAAGCGGUCAUUCAAAAGCUGAUGAAAUCUCGGCAGCUUUCAGAUACAGAGAUCCAAGCUUUCCAGAAUCUUUACUUCGCCCCAAGAGCAGUCCUUGCACCCUUUGCUCUCAUCUUCCCCGAUUUCGAACGCGCUGUGCGCGAGCUCAUUGAAGCACCUUCUGAACACCAGCGUUUCAGAUAUUUCCAACGCCACUUUGCGCUCUUUCACCGUCGCUGUGAAAUUAUUGCGGGUCACCUCUCAGAUCAUGUAUCGGAGGCUACGAAGCACGACAAACACAGCACACGAUCAGCGGCUUGGUCCAUCCUGCGCCGUCUCUUCGCUGAUGAGAAUUCACCAGUUGGAGGGGGCUGGGAAUCUGAAUCAGGUGCCUCUCCAGCUCAGUACACAUGGGAACCUCACCUUUCCGGCAGUGCCUUCGCAGCCAUACUUGGUCUGACUGGAACUGGACUACUCGGCGAAUUCGAGGUUGAUGGAGAGGCUGGUCCUAUCAAGGUCUGGCGCACUGUCACGAGAGAUUUGACUUUCUUUGGACACCAUGAGGACAAAUUCAACACACCUCUCCCUACUAUCAUCCCUAAUCCUGAUCUCAAGUUGGAACGUCAGCACACUGAUGCAGUGAAUGCAGUGAAUGGGUUUGCGGUGCGUGAAUCAAACGAAGAAGCACUGGGAGGUGGCCAAUGCUUCAGGGUCUACUGGAGCGGAUCCUUACUGGUGGAGGACAGCGGGGAAUACAUCUUUUUUGCUGGACAUCCCAGACCUGACGAUGAAAAGCCAGAUUUCGAAGCUAUUCGGGAACGCCAUCAUUGGCUGUUAACUCUUCAACGAGGCGACAAGUCAUGGACAGCCCUGAAUCACCACUGGGAAAGUCAACCAGCCCCCACCAGUGAGUCAGCGCCACUGCUGCUCCACCGCGGAGUGUACCACAUCGAAAUCUACCUCGAGAAGACUCCACCGGAUUUCAGCAAUCUUCAUCCAGAGAAGACGGGUUUUCAGGUGAAAUAUGCUGGUCCUGAUACUAAAGACUGCUUAUCUGUCGUCCCUGCCUCCAAGUUGUUCCGCGAGUCCAAAAUUGGCACGCUGGGCGAGGGAUUGAAUCUCCCCGUGUCAGCAGCGACUUUCUUGAAUCAACACUACACUAGCAGCGUUCGUGAUAUCCGUCGAACUUACCAACGAGCAUUCAAAGGUCUUCUUUUCACAUCUCGCUUCGACUUAUCGGCGGAACUCAACCAUCACGACCACUUACGCGAAUCUGAACUGGACUACUUCCUCGACCACCCUCAAAGCUUUCUUGGUACCUCCUACUAUCGGGGGUCUGCUUCGAGCUCUACAAUUAUGGUUAAUCGUGCCUAUUUCGACUUCAAUCUUCUUCCGGUCAUGGACAACUAUGACACAGCUGAGAAAGAUCCAGACCAAAGAGCUCAACCUACCCCACAACGCAAGGCGGCACUGUUUGAUUGGUGGGAGCGCAUUUUCGACUACUCCAAGCUUCGUCACUGGGUGCAGAGGCAGAGAAGUCGCCAAUGCUGGAUGCUGUUCAAUGAGGCGACAGAACAGAUCCCUCAACCAGGACAACUUCUCCGGUACCUGGUCACCGAUGUCAGUCUUGCUCCCUUGAUCGAGAAGUAUUUCGACGGGCAUGGAAGCUACAGCAUCAUGACUGCCGACCUCAGUAACGAGCAAUGGGCCAUCCGCUGCUGGUUUGCUGGUCUUUGGGUGCAUCGUCUCAAGAAACGUGUGUUCAGCAAGUAUCUCGAGAAGGCUGAGCCUUGGCUGUGGUCAGCUGAAGAUCCUAACCUCGCGAUUGGAGCCGAAUCCGGAAAUCAGAAUCUUAGAUCUUUCUUCCAAGAAACCUUUUCUGGGUUAGGCAACCUGGAUGAGAUUCGGAGCGUAUAUGACUCCUUGCGUGUACGUGCUCGAGCAGCUUUGCUUGCGUAUCUGUGUGACAAGAAUCGGGUACCGCUCCCUUUCAACAAAGGCGCGUUUGCAAGUUCACCUCUAGACUUGACGGAUCUCCUGCUUCUCAACGUCGAAGCCGGAGUUCACGAGCGGACUACGAGGGUCGACGAUGCCCUGGAUUCGAUUCACCGCUUGGUAUCCAGAAUCCGACUCGGUCUUGAGCCAGAAAUUCAGCCGAAUCCUGAGUUCAAGGAGCUAUGGGACACCAAGUUCAAGACUUCCAAAGUCUGGGAGGCCCAGAAGCGUAGACAGAUAUACCAAGAAAACUGGAUUCAGUGGGAUGAGUUACAUAAAGCAGAAAAGUCCGAAGGAUUUCGGCUGUUGACAAAUGAGCUGAGACGAAAUGUCCUGACCAUUCCCAAACCUGGAGGGCACAUGUCUUGGCCAGCUGCACAUGUGCCGAGCUCGAGGAUUACCACGGAGCUGCAAAACUUGGAACUUCCGUCACUUGAGCUUAGUCCAGCUGAUACCGCCAUCGAUGGUGUCAAUCUCCUUGCAUUGCCAAGCCACGGUGCACGCAAAUCGCUUCUCUCCUCGGUCCCGGUAGCUCCCUCCAUCACACCCGAGGUUGGGCAAAGCCAGAUUCCGCUGUGGAUGAACGCUGCUAUCAAGAUGGGCAUCCAAUUCGUCCGACUAGCAGCUGCGUCAACACCACCACUUGAAUUGUACAGCCAAGUUCCAAACGGCCCAGCCGAGCGCGAGACUCCAUUGACUGUGGACGAAUUUUACUUUUGGAUCACGCCGGCUAGCUGGUUCAAUGGCGAUGCUGUGUACCAGAACGCUGGCUAUGGAGCUCGCCCUCCUGCUCCUGCAAACUUGUGGGAUCCUGGUUUCAACCGCGCAUCUACUGAGCCUUCUUUGCAGGCGUUGCUUACCUGGAACCCGGAAUCUAUGGUUCAUUUGAACUGGUGCCGAGUGCAUUUUGGGUCUUUCGAGCCCCCACGUCGAUCUUACGAGGGUUUCCACUCACCAGGGCUAAGCUCAACGCCCCAGCUCACAUUCACGGGACGCACUGGUGAUUCGCUCGCCUUCAGUGUUGUCGGUGGGGCAGACUCUUUCCGCUACGAUAUACCAACUGAUACUGCUGUUUCCCUCCUAGCUGGAGCCAUAAACCCAGUUACGGACACAUCAUCUUUCCCAAGUCCACUGAAGGCCUACCCUUUUUUCAUCUAUUUCGAUGCGGGUGCUCCGCUGAUACCUGCGUCAAAUUUCAGUACGUGUCUCGCUGUCGCAGGUCAUCUAAGAUCUCAGGGUCAGUUCGAAGCAUGUCUGAAGUGGUAUGAGAUGGCUUUUAACCCUUUGCGUCGGGACAACACCUGGGAGACAUCCAGCUCCAGUGUAAAAGACAUACCUCCGAAAAAGGUGAAAGCUCGUGCUGUCAUACUGGACUAUCUUGAGACUUUACUCCAGUGGGCGAACAGCCUCGCUCAAGAGUCUUCUUCUGCGUCAAAUCAACGGGCUGCAUUAAUCUUCGACAUGAUGGAGAGGAUCCUCGGACCCCGUCCCAAAAGGUUUUCGAUACAAGAAACAGGAUCAUUAAACAUCACACUAGAUUCAUUCGUUUCGUCAGCAUCAGCCAUCAACCCGCGGUUGAUUGAGGUCUAUGAUCGUCUUGCAGAUGCUCGCUCUCAACUUUCCUACAACAGCAGCGGGAACCCUUCUGGGACUGAGAUUUCCUUCGACAAAUAUCAGAUCAACCAUUCUCCGUACAAGCGACACCCAUACCGAUUUCUGUCAUUGCUACCGAGAGCCCUUGACCUUGCUGGCUAUGUGCGGACUCUGGGAGGUGAUCUAUUGCAAGCGUUUGAAAAGGGAGAUGCGGAAUACCUAGCCUCGCUUCAAAGCACCCACGAACAACAAAUCACAACCUUAUCCCUUGAGAUGAAAAAGAACCAGUUCAGAGAGAGUGACUGGGAUAUGCAGAGCCUGCAAACCGCUCUGAGUGGAGCGCUGACCCGCUUUACAUAUUACCAAAACCUCAUCCACAACGGACCGAUCGCCAACGAAAAUGGAUUUACAGCGUCCACAGCUCUGGCGCUGGCGCUGAAGACGGCAUCUGGUGUAUCUUUGGCUGUCGCAGAGGCCUUGACUCUCAUCCCCGAUGAGUUCACUGGUGAUGCUGGGAUUGCAGGCCCUUUGGUGUUUUCACGUAUCACUGGCGGCUCCUCGCUGUCUUCCGAGUUCAACACCGCUGCAAACAUCCUCUCUGGCGUCUCUGAAAUGGCAAAUACUACAGCGAAUCUCUGCUUCGUAGAAUCCGGCUGGGAUCGACGGUUAGAGGAGUGGAAUAACCAGGUCGACACGAUCACGCUGGAAAUCCGGCAGCUGGAACAGCAGAAGCUUGCUGCCGACCGCCGGAAAGCGAUUUCGCAACGUGAUCUCAACAUCACCCAGCGGCAGAUCGAACAUUCGGCCGAAGUACAGGAUUUCAUGCGAGAUAAGACGGCCAGUCUCGAUCUCUACAUCUUUCUGCAGCAAGAGACUGCAAUUCUGUACCGACAAGCAUACGAUCUUGCCAUCAAAGCAUCGCUCGAGGCCCAGCAAAUGUUCUACUACGAACGCCACGACAGCUACCGGGAUUUCGUCCCUCUCUCCACCUGGAGCAAUCUCCAAGAAGGUCUCCUAGCCGGUGAACGCCUCGAGCUAGCCCUCCACACCAUGGAGCGCGCAUACAUGGAAAAGAACUACCGCGAGCAAGAAGUCGCCAAGCAGAUCUCGCUAAACAUGCAAUUCCCAGCGGCCUUCCUGCUCUUGAAAACGACUGGGAAAUGCGAGAUCGAUAUCCCAGAAUGGAUGUUCGAUCUCGACUACCCAGGCCAAUACAUGCGGCGCAUCCGCAAUGUGAGCCUCACGAUCCCCUGCGUCAUCGGGCCCUACACCGGCAUCCACUGCCGUCUCGAACUGCUCUCCAGCCGGAUCCGCGUGCACCCUUCCCUUCCCCUCUCCACCAAAAAGUGCAGUCCGGACUGCACCGGCAAAGAUUGCGCCUACGACAUCCAAUCCCCGUCCGACGCUCGCUUCGUGCAGCAAUUCGGCGCCUACGAAAGCAUCGCCACGUCGACCGGCCAAUCCGACACCGGCCUCUUCGAAAUCAACUUCAACGAUGCGCGCUACCUGCCCUUCGAGUUCUCGGGCGCGGUUAGUCGCUGGCGCAUCGAGUUGCCCGCGCAGAACAAUCAGUUCAACCUCGGUACAUUGACGGAUGUCGUUAUGACGCUUAACUACACGUCGCGCGAUGGCGGGGAGGACCUCCGUGUUGCGGCCAACGAGGCGGCACAACGGCGUUUGCCUGGUAAUGGAUGGAGUUUCUUCGAUGUCAAGUAUCAGUUUCCUGAUGCGUGGAAUUUGUUGCAUCAGACUCUUCGGAAGAAGCAGAAGCAUGGUGGGAAAGGAGGGGAAUCGGUGCUGCAGCUGCAGUUUAAUCGCAAUAUGUUUCCGUUCUUGAAUGGGCAGAGGGAAAUUUGUAUCGUGAGGGUGCAGGUGCUUAUCAGGGCCCCGGAACAUGCAGGUGUGGGCGAGUACAUGCGGGUUCUGUAUCGGCAUUCGGAGAUUCAUCCUAGGAUUGGGUAUAAGCGGGAUGCGGAGCAGCAUGUGGAGUUUGAUUGUGUGAUGCAAAAGGAGUAUCCGGGCUUGUAUCGCGGGAUGUUGGAUCUUAAGUUUAACGUGCCAAGGAUGAGUCUGGGAUAUCAGCGGGAAGGCCAGUUUGGAAGUUUUGUCUUCCCGAAAGAUGUCGGCUCUUUUUAG